AUGGCACCUCGGAAGCCUGCAUCGCUGAAGAACCUGGUGGUCAAGCUGCAAGAGAUCCAGGCCGAUUUGGACGACAUUUUGGAAUUCACCCAAGAUUACGAAGAAGCUACUACCGCUACCGAUGUCAACAUGCGGUUGAUCAGAUUGGACGAACUUUGGGAGAAGUACGGCGAGACGUUGGUGGAAAUCAAGUGCCAUGAAGAUUACACCGCUGAAGAUGAGACCUACAACGAACAGCGUCUACUCUACAGCAGCCGCUACUACCGAUCGAAGUCAUCCCUCACGGACAAGGCAACGGAACUGCAAGGUACACCAGAGCUGAACCAGUCAACGCGUGCCAACGAUUCAACCCUGCAUGGCGCGCUGGACCAUGUGCGCCUGCCGCAGAUUAAGCUGCAGACUUUCAACGGCGACAUCGACGAGUGGAUUAGUUUCCGGGAUUUAUUCACGUCUCUGAUCCACUGGAGAACUGAUCUUCCAGAAGUAGAAAAACUUCAUUAUUUAAAGGGGUGUCUUCAAGGGGAACCAAAGGCGUUGAUCGAUCCUUUGAAAAUUACGCAGGCCAAUUAUCUAAUCGCGUGGGACACUCUUUUAAAACGCUAUAACAAUAGCAAACAGCUCAAGAAAAGACAGGUACAAUCGUUGUUUAGUCUGCCUUCGCUUUCCAAAGAGUCGGUUUCGGAUUUACACGUUCUUGUUGAGGGGUUUGAAAGAGCCGUGCAAACUUUGGAUCAGGUCGUCCAGCCAGCAGAGUACAAGGACCUUUUGCUAGUAAAUCUUCUCACCAAUCGUUUGGACCCUGUGACCCGCAGAGGAUGGGAAGAGUUUUCAUCCACAAACGAUAAGGAUUCCUUGAAGGAUUUGAUGGAAUUUCUACAACGAAGGAUCCGUGUACUCGAGUCACUUCCAACGAAGGCCGCCGAAUCUAGAGGCGUUCAUUCGGUGCAGCCGCAGUCUCAAAAGCAGAAGCAGUCGACGGUGAAAACUAGCUACAGCACAAUGCAGUCUUCAUCCGGAAAACGGUGCGUGGCGUGCAAGGAGAAUCAUUUUCUCUUCCAGUGUGCCGCAUUCCAGCGAAUGUCAGUGGUUGACAGGGAUGCACUGCUGAAAACCCACUCUUUAUGCAGGAAUUGCUUUAAAAUGGGCCAUAUGUCCAAGGAAUGCCAGUCCAAGUUCAAUUGUCGGAACUGUAAGGGUCGCCACCACACUCUGGUGUGUUUCAGGUCGGAGAAGGAUAGCUCUGCAAAGGUCGCAGCGGUUGCUAGGGGCAGCCAUCCUUCAAUUCCAAGGGAAUCCUCCGAGGCCAGCGAAGCUUCCGGAUCGGGUUCGUCUCAGGUGGUUAACAUGACAGCCACCGACAUUCCGGUUUCUGGUGCGGCUCAACAGUAUUCUUCGCAAGUCUUGCUAGCAACAGCAGUCGUCGUCGUGGAAGAUGACGAAGGAGGACGGUUUCCUGCUCGGGCUCUGCUGGAUUCAGGUUCGGAAAGCAACUUCAUCACGGAGCGGCUUAGUCAACGGAUGAAGACUCACCGAGAAAGGGUAGACAUCUCGGUGCGUGGGAUUGGUCAGUCAGGGACCAAGGUCAGGCAAAAAAUCCAGGCGGUGGUUCGCUCGCGAGUUUCUCAAUUCUCGCAAUCUAUGAGCUUCCUUAUUCUACCUAGCGUAACGGUGAAUCUUCCAACUGCUACAAUCAAUAUGGAUGGUUGGUCGAUACCUCCAGGGAUCAAACUGGCUGAUCCCGCCUUUUUCGAGUCUGGUAGAGUAGAUAUGGUGCUCGGUAUCGAGUCAUUCUUCGACUUUUUCGAAACCGGUCAAAGGAAAACCCUAGGAAACGAAUUGCCAACGCUCAACGAAUCGGUUUUUGGAUGGGUGGUGUGUGGAGGCUUAUCCAACUCAAGUCAGGAUCUGCGCAUCACUUGCAACGCUUCAGCAACAGAGAAUCUGGAGUCUAUGGUUGCCCGGUUCUGGUCCAGUGAAGAGGUUGGUCCGGUCAAGGUACUCUCACCGGAGGAAAAACAAUGUGAGGACCUAUUCCAAAAUACAGUCCAAAGGAAUCCCGAAGGCAGAUAUACUGUCACACUCCCAAAGGAAGAAGACGCUGUUUCACGGCUGGGCGAGUCCAAGGAAAUCGCUAUCCGGCGUCUUCAAGGUACCGAGCGUAGAUUGGGCAGAAAUGCAAAUCUCCACAAAAGCUAUCACGACUUCAUGGAGGAAUAUGAGUCGAUGGGACAUAUGGUGAAGGUGGAAGGAGCAGCGUUAACAUCACAACGGCGUUGUUUCCUACCUCAUCAUCCUGUUUUCAAGGAGGACAGCACUACCACGAAGGUCAGAGUGGUGUUCGACGCUUCCUGUGCGACGUCAUCCGGCGUAUCCCUCAACAAUGUGUUACUGACAGGACCGGUAAUACAGGACGACUUGAGGUCAAUCAUCAUGCGGAGUCGUACCAAGCAAAUCAUGCUCGUUUCGGACGUCGAGAAGAUGUUCCGACAAAUCUGGGUGCAUCCGGAAGACAGACCUCUCCAAUGCAUCUUGUGGCGCGCUAAUCCUCAGGACGAGAUCAACGUGUACGAGCUCAAAACCGUUACGUACGGAACGAAACCGGCACCAUACCUAGCCACAAGGACCCUCAAACAACUAGCGAUGGAUGAAGAGGCGACAUACCCCCUUGGUGCAGCUGCAGCGAGUGAAGACACAUACAUGGAUGAUGUCAUCACGGGGGCAGAUUCGGUGGAACAGGCUUGCGAGCUUCGUAAACAACUAAGCGAAAUGACGGAACGAGGUGGAUUUAGGCUUAGGAAGUGGGCUUCCAAUUGCUCCAAGGCCUUGGAAGGACUUACUGAGGACAACCUAGCGAUCCGAGAGGUGGACGGAAUCAAUUUGGACCCGGACCCGUCCGUGAAGACCCUCGGACUUACCUGGAUGCCGAGGAGUGAUCAGCUGAAGUUUAAGUUCGACAUUCCGGCGGUGCAACAAGAUCAACAAUUCACCAAACGGGAAGUACUAUCCAUAAUCGCGACGCUCUUCGACCCCCUAGGGCUGCUAGGAGCAACAAUCACAACUGCGAAGAUCGUGAUGCAGCUUCUCUGGAAAUUUCGAGACGAUGAUGACCAUGCGCUGGACUGGGACCAGCCGAUACCUUUGAUGGUGGGUGAGGUUUGGAGGAGAUACCUCACACAACUUCCUCUGCUGAACGAAAUCAGGAUCGAUCGUUGUGUCGUCAUUCCCAACGCAGUUACCACGGAAAUCCAUUGCUUCUCGGACGCCUCUGAGAAGGCAUAUGGCUGCUGUAUUUAUUCGAGAAGUGUAGAUGCAGCAGGAAAGAUUAGGGUGCGGUUACUUUCGUCAAAAUCAAGAGUAGCCCCUCUAAAAUGCCUAACGAUUCCGCGUCUAGAACUUUGCGGCGCUGUACUAUCAGCGCAACUCUUCGAAAAGGUGCAAGAAUCUCUGAAAUUCCCGACGCAGCCAUAUUUCUGGACGGAUUCCACCUGCGUCCUGCGUUGGAUUCAGGCUGCACCGACAACAUGGACCACUUAUGUGGCCAACCGAGUGGCAAAAAUCCACACGCUCACCAAUUCGGAACAGUGGAGACACGUACCUGGCAAGGAGAAUCCAGCCGACUUGAUUUCCAGAGAAUUCAACGAUUGGUAUCUGGGACGAUCCUCAUCGUAUAUCGAACUUGUCAGGCGGACGGCGUACUGGUUACGGUAUCUCAAACUUCUACGCACUCCGAAGGAACAGCGAAAUCCACCGAAGUUUUUGACGACAGUGGAGUUACGAGAAGCAGAGUUUACCGUAGUGCGGAUGGUGCAGAAGGAAUUCUUCGUGGAUGAAUGGAAGGCGCUGGCGAAAAGGGAAGCAGUUCAAAGAAAGUCACCACUGCGGUGGUUUAGUCCGUACAUAUCCGAGGACCAGGUCAUCCGUGUAGGAGGUAGACUCCGCCAUUCAGAAGAAGCCGAGGAUACCAAACACCCCAUGGUUUUACCUGCCGGCCAUCACCUCACCAAGUUGAUCCUCCGCUACUACCACGAAAAACUGCUGCACGCUGGCCCGCAGUUGCUAUUGGCAGCAGUUCGUCAACGUUUUUGGCCGUUAGGAGGGAGAAACGUAGCUCGGAACGUGGUCCACCGGUGCAUGAAAUGCUUUCGGUCAAAACCGACGUCGAUUGAGCAGUUUAUGGGAGAACUGCCGGCGGCACGUGUCACUGUGUCUCGUCCCUUCUCACAAACCGGUGUGGAUUACUGUGGGCCCUUUUACGUACGGCCUGCACCCAGGCGGCCGGCCGUCAAGAUGUACGUCGCUGUGUUCAUUUGUCUCUGCACCAAGGCGGUGCAUCUGGAGCUUGUAUCCGACCUUACUACGGACAGGUUUAUCCAAGCUCUGCGUCGGUUUACGUCUCGGAGGGGCAAGGCCAAGGACAUGUACUCCGACAAUGGAACCAACUUCGUUGGAGCAAGGAACAAACUUCGGGAUCUAUACGAGCUAGUAAGAAGUCAGGAGCACCAGGAAAGGAUUGUCAAACAUAGUUUGGAAGACGGUACGCAAUGGCACUUCAACCCACCGAGUGCUCCGCAUUUUGGGGGCCUUUGGGAAGCAGCAGUGCGUUCCGCUAAGGUUCACCUACUUAAGGUAGCAGGAGAAACAACAUUGUCUCCGGAGGACUUCAACACGCUGCUCGUGCAGAUCGAGGGAGAUCCGAUCCCCUCCCACAUCAUCGGCAGUAGUCACUAUUAUAAACCAGCCAGACUAGCGACCCGUCCGGCCACGCCUCGCCAUCCACGACACCACUUCGAUAUUCGACAUCUACGUUCGUUGUAA